AUGGCUGAGAAGGUUACAAUAAUGGUGCUCAAGGUUGAUCUUCAGUGCCCUCACUGCCGCAAGAAGAUCAAGAAAAUUCUCUGCAAAUUCCCUCAAAUUAGAGACCAAACAUAUGAUGAGAAGCACAACACGGUGACAAUCAAGGUGGUAUGCUGCAGCCCAGAGAAGAUUCGUGACAAAUUGUGUUGCAAAGGUGGGAAGACCAUCAAGAGCAUCGACAUCUUACCGCCACCAAAGCCCAAACCACCUGAAAAGCCCAAAGAGCCUGAGAAGCCCAAAGAUAAGCCCAAAGGGCCAGAGAAACCCAAAGCGCCCGAGAAACCCAAAGAGCCAGAGAAACCCAAAGCGCCCGAGAAGCCCAAAGAGCCAGAGAAACCCAAAGCGCCCGAGAAGCCCAAAGAACCCGAGAAACCUAAAGAACCCGAAAAACCCAAACCUAACCCGCCACCAAAAGCACAUCCACCACCGAUGCCUGAACCGGUAUCUGCAUAUCCAAUUGGGAUAUGUUGUGGGCCAUGUUAUGAAGGUCGAGUUGGGGGACCAUGUUAUCAUGGGUACGGAGUGCCUCCACCACCACCACCGGGACCAUGUUAUGAUAGAUAUGGGUAUUAUGGGGGUUAUGGUAGGGGUUAUUGUGGGAGUCGUGGUGAUUGUUUUAGUGACGAAAAUCCAUCAGCAUGCACAAUCAUGUAAUGGGUGGUGCGUGGUCAUUGUCAUGCCCAUCAUCAUGAUCAAGCUUUGGAUUCUCUUUGGGAAAAAAGUCCAGACAUUAUCAAUUUUGGGUGGAUGUGGGUUUUUCAAAGGUAUUGCGGAAUCUAAGGAACAAUAAUUAAUAAGGUUGGUAGUCUAACGCUGACGGCUAAAUGGUUGUUGACGUUGUGCUUAAAUAAGAUGUUAGUAUGAUGCUUGAUUGAUAAAAAUUUUCUUCAUUUAAUAAAUUGUUAUUUUUCGAGUGCAUCAAACUAUCUUCUUUUGUCUCUCUCUCUCUCUCUUACACAAAAGGAAUGACAACACUAAUUUUUGACAGGA